AUGCGACGUCUGGUUUCUCUUCUCGUGCUUGGCUUGUUUCUGAGGUGUAUAAACGCAGAUGUGGUUUUCACAUGGCCAUGGGCGGGGGCCGUUUUGGGUUCUGGAGAUGUUACUCUCUGGUGGAAAGAGAAUGGUGAUGCUCUUUUGAUUCAAGAGAUGAGUAGUCAUUUGUUGGUUUUGUUUACUGGAAGUAAUAGUGUUAUGACAAUGUUGAAUGAAUGGGUGGUUCCAAUCGGAACUUACAACACAACUAUACAUCUAAACUCAAACAUCGGACCUAAUGCGAACAAUUCCUAUUUCUUCGGUAUUCAAUCGAAUCCUCUCAAUACUUCCAACUAUCACACAACCUCUAUUCCGACCCUCAUCAAUUUUUCUCCCCGCUUUUCCCUCACAAACAUGACGGGCAAUGAUUUUACCCCUUCCAUCAAAGCUGCAAAUGCCGCAUGUGACACCACAGAUGGACCAGAUUCUGUCAUUCGAGAUGAAUCGCAGGAUCAAGUAUCCUCCGGUUUGGACAAAGUAUACUUAUUGUCGUCCGCACAAAUCACAACUUCGGGAGUAAUUCAUAAUCCAACCGAUGGUGUUGUUGUUACAACUAUUCCUUUGACGCCUACAAUAUCUUCGACUACUUCCUCGUUACCUACCGUGACAACCAUCAUCUCUACCCCAACACCUACUAUUUCACCUCAACCCAUAACUGAAACUCCAACACAGCUUCCAACAUUCACAACCAUUGCCCACGAGAGAAUCAUUAUCGUCGUUCCUGUCGCUCUAAGUGUUGCGAUUAUGCUCGGUAUUGUCCUGUUCUUCCUUCUUCGAUAUCGACGCCGACAUUCACUGUCCGAAAAGUCUGACCCAGACGAGUCCAUUCUUUCAUUAUUCCCACCACCACCCACUCAUCCCAAUACCUGGAUGGACACCACAACUUCCACUUUGAAAAACCGAUCUAACCAUUUCUGGCAUCGUCUAAAAGCGAAACGUCCAAGGGGUAGUGUCGCCGAACUACCAGGCUAUGAAGGCCCCGGUACAUUGAAACCUGCUUCGCAGCGAAACAUAGCUCCCGACGAAACGAUGAGUGGGAACAUGAGCAAAUCAUUUCACACACCCAUGAUACUACCACCUACUAUAGCAACCGAUAAAUCACCAACUAAUUUCCCUCCACCACAACGUCACUCGGGUCGCGAAGUCAUCUUUUUGGCUGUGGGUCCUGACCCUACAUUCAACAAACACAACUCAGACAUUAAACCUCCUUCUAAUGCUAAUGCUACACAUUCAUAUCACUCUUAUCCACGUAUCUCAUCUAUUGACACUAGAGCCAUCACAACAGAAAAUUCUGAAGUUCCUUCCUCGUCAGCUUUAUCAUCAUAUUUUGAUCGCCAACACCAACGUUGUCCUUCUUCUCCUUCUAGCUUUAGAACCCCUAUAUACCGAGAAAAAGAAGUGCAAAUACCGCCACAACCAAAUUCGUCGGCUCUGAGGGGAUCGGCAAAAGUUAUUACAAUAUCGAGGGGUAAUUCAUUGGUAGAUACGGACUCGGGCUUGGGUUCGGGUUCGGGCUUUGGGGUGACUCAUCAAACUUCUGCUUCUUAUCCUGAGAGAAAUAACUCAAUCCAAACAGCAGGGCCGGAUGGCGUCGUGUUUUCGAAUUCUGUAAUGACAUAUCCAGUUCCUUCGUAUCAUACUCGUACUUCGUCGUCAAUAUAUCAAUCUCCGCCAACAUAUUUUUCUCAACUAUCAAAUUCGGUUUCACCUAGGGUACCGGUGUCGCUAGUUCAAAGCUUCAGAAGUCCGAUGGGGGGGGUGGAUGAUAGUGCGGAGGUUAGGGAGGCGGAGAGGAGGAUUAGGGGGUUACUUGGGGGUGGGGAGGGGGUGGUGAGUUUGGUUAGUGCGGUGGGUUUGGUGGGUUUGAUAAGUCCGGUUAGUGCUAUGUCGAGAUAG